GAUGCCCGUUUCCCUCCUGUGACAGGUGGUGGUGUUGACGGUGAGCCUGGGCCCGGCGGCUGUAGCGAUCUCCCGAAGCAUGCUGUACCUGGUCGGGCUGGGCUUGGGAGAUGCCAAGGACAUCACGGUGAAGGGGCUGGAGGUGGUGAGGCAGUGCCACAGGGUGUACCUGGAGGCCUACACGUCCAUCCUCACGGUGGGCAAGGAAGCACUGGAAGAGUUUUAUGGAAAAGAAUUGAUUUUGGCUGACCGAGAAACAGUGGAACAAGAAGCAGAUAACAUUUUAAAAGACGCUGAUGUUUGUGAUGUCGCAUUUCUUGUAGUUGGUGAUCCUUUUGGGGCCACAACACACAGUGAUUUAGUACUACGUGCAGUAAAACUGGGGAUUCCAUACAAGGUCAUUCAUAACGCUUCAAUAAUGAAUGCAGUGGGCUGCUGUGGUUUACAGUUGUACAGUUUUGGAGAGACUGUUUCCAUAGUUUUCUGGACAGAUACAUGGAAGCCAGAAAGCUUUUUUGACAAGAUUGAGAAGAACAGACAGAACGGAAUGCACACCUUGUGCUUACUUGAUAUUAAAGUGAAGGAGCAGUCUCUGGAGAAUCUAAUGAAAGGAAGGAAGAUUUAUGAGCCACCACGCUACAUGAGUGUGAAUCAAGCUGCAGAACAGCUUCUUUCAAUUAUUCAAAACAGGAGGCUCCAAGGAGAAGAAUCAGCAAUCACUGAAAACACAAUCUGCGUUGGCCUCGCACGUGUGGGUGCUCCAGAUCAGAAGAUUGCUUCAGGCACACUGGAGCAGAUGUCCACAGUAGAACUAGGUGGUCCACUGCAUUCUUUGAUUGUUACAGGCACUCUGCAUCCUCUGGAAUUAGAAAUGCUUCAGCUUUUUCCUGUAGCUGGUUCCAGUUUUGAACAGCAUGCGUGUCAAAGGACCACUUAAAUAAAAACAAGGCAUUUACAUUUUUA